AUGUCUGCCUUCUAUAUACUGGCUGAAGUCUAUAUAUUCUAUAACCUCGCCGUUCUUGACUUCCUGGCGAUGGAGAACGAUGCAGUGUGCCAACCUCCGAUGCCAGCCAAGAGACGCCGCCGUCUUCAGGACGAUCCGGCUCUCUGUUGGACGACGAAUGCCCGGGGUCAGGUCCUUCUGGGUGGCAUCUACGCUCGUCCCAUCUCAGCUGCGCUAGAGUUGACUGUUUCUGCGCGUGUCCUCGCUCUAGAGGCAAUGGGAAGGGCUUUGGAGCCGCGACGGGUAUGCUUGAAGUCCUCGCCUUCUGAGGCCGUCCUCCUCCGCUUCGUGUAA